AUGGUGAUAGAAGGUACGCACCAGGAAAUAUACCAGCAAUACAUUAAGGACCAGUUCCCACAAGCGGUUAAAGAGCUGGAUAUUGAAGGGCUUGCCAAGGGGAGUCUUGAGUGUUAUGAGCGGUUGGUUAGACUGGAGGGGGAGCGUGAGGAGGGGGCGUUGCUAGUGCACCACUUGAAGCCUCCACCUUCAGGCAGUGUCCCUACCACCCUCAAAAACUCCGGCAUCGGGCCGUCAGCCCCUCUUACUAUUCACCCAAUUCCCCGCACCGCACUGCUUGCCCCGCCACCUUCCAUAUCUCGUUUCUCGCAAUCAACAGUGUGCUCCAAGUCUUCGGAGCCAAAACACAGAAGCCUGCUUCCAAAGAUUCCCGAGCAUUCACCAUAUUCGAGUGGUUUCAAAUGCACAUUUUGCGGGGUCAACCAGGUCCCAAGCAAUAGCAUCCGUCUCUGGAGAAAACAUGUCUUCGCUGAUCUCGCACCAUACAUGUGUAUCCGGAGCCGCUGCAGCUGCAAUGCCAUGUUCUACACCUCAAAGAAAGCCUGGGUUGCGCACGAUACUGUCUCAAUACGUAGCCUAAACGAUGAUGUUCGAGCAAUAGCAACGGGCAAAUGUCUCUUCUGCGCCAAGGAGUUCAAUGGAGACAUCGGACGAUUCUAUACCCAUGUUGCCCACCACAUGGAGGAUAUCCGUUUGUUCGCUCUUUCACCGAUACUUCGAAGAUAUGACGUGGGAACAUACGAGAAUGGCUCACAGUCGGGGAGCAGCGAAGGACUUGGGAGCCGUGAGGAAGCCAAGAGCAGUGAGGGGGAGACGAGCGCGCUGAGAGAGUAUGUCGCUGCGAACCAGGCGGUGGAUGCCCAGUUUACCAGGGAAUGGGCUAUCAAGGCGCUGGGGGAAGGGCAUCUUGAUCCUUUACCCCAGGGAGCUACCGACCACCGCCAGCCGGGGGAAAUAGGCCCCCUACCAGCAGCCGAUGCUUUGUCAUAUCUCGAUCAGGUCAAAUAUCAGGAACAGCCGGAUGUGUAUAACAACUUUCUGGAUAUCAUGAACGAUUUCAAGAGUCAGAAAAUCGAUACCCUUGAGCUUAUGGACCGUGUUUCUACCCUAUUUAGUGGCAAUCCGAGCCUGAUACAGGGUUUUAAUCCUUUUUUACCUCCUGGAUACCGGAUCGAGUGCUCCCAAGACCCAAGGGACACUAAAAUAACUAUUACCACCCCAUAUGGAACAGGCUUCGCAAUGGGUCCACCUGGGUCGAAAAUGUCCCAGGAACUGGCCCAACCCGCUGAAGGAGAGUGA